GAGGAAGGAGUUGACCAGUAACCCAUGACAAAGAAAGCAAACCACCAAUGCCUCCACUUGAUCUCUAUUAUAUACCACUAGGAUGCUCGAUCGCCUAUGGAUGAAUCGACCAAAAGAUCCUUCUUCCACAGAAAGAAAAUUUUCCCCUGAAGCACCAUCAAUUUACUGUUUCAUUAUCUCUUCUUCCUUCUUCUCAUGAAUACCUGAUGAUGCCUGGCUUGGCCAUCAGUCUCCUCCUCCUGGUAACAUGUGCCAUUUCUCAGAUGAUGUCUGUUUCUUCAUGGUGCCCGAGACAAUCAGAAGCAAAAUUUGUACAGAAAACCAACAAGUUUUGGGAGUUCGAGGAGCAAAGGAACACCUGGGUGGAGAUCAGUCUGCCUUAUGAUCUCAUCUCCUGUGUCGAUGAUAACUGCAGCAAAGUUGCAUCCAUUGUGGACAUGGACCAGAAACAAGCUGGGCUUGCGUCUCAAGACGAGCCAGAGGACCAUGAUGCUGCUCUGCCUCUAAGAAGAAGAAUCUCCCUAACCAGGAUGUCAGAGGCAUCUGUUUGGGUGACAGGGCAGAGCGGAUCGAUCUACGAGAGGUUCUGGAAUGGUGUGAAGUGGGUGAUUGCUCCACAUGAACUCCCAGGUCCAACUGCUAGAGCUAUUUCAGUUUUCAUAGUCAAUCAGACUAUUCUUGCUCUAUCAGAAGCAGGGCAGCUAUAUCAGCUGCAAGUGAAUGAGAAUUCUCAGCCGAUUUGGAUCGAGUUUAUGUUUGCGUCUCUAGAAAGUGGAAGAACUGAAGAGGAGUUGAGUUCAAAUGUUCAGAUCAAGUCUGGUGUUGUAUCCCAUGAUGGAGAGAGGCUUUACUUGUCGACAGUAACUGGGACCUUGUUAGAGAUCAGUGAGUUUCAUCCCUUGAGGUGGGAGGAUCAUGGUCGACCGCAAGGCGGAGAUAAUUCGGCUAUAGCAGACACAGGGGCUCUCAGACCAGGCAUUGUUUUCACAAUAAGCUCUAGUGGAAACUUGUAUGAGUUCGACAAGGGGUCGAAGCCAUCAUGGAAGAAACACAUUUGGAGUGACCCUUCUGUCAAUCAAACUUCUUUGGAGACAACAGGAGGGUGUGCUUUACAUGGCCUAGCAGGAGCACACUCAUCAUCUCUAUUUCUGUUAACUAAGGAGGGCCUUUUGGUAGAGCGGCGAUUGCACAAAAGGAAAUGGAAGUGGGAAGUCCAUGGAGCUCCUAAGGGACAUCACCUGAGUGCUUUCACAAAUGUUCAACGAAGUGAACUAAAUGAGAAGUCAUAUUCAUUGUUUGUUACCACAACAACCGGCUGCGUGUUUGAGUAUCAGCUUAGUAGCCAUCCAGGAGGUGGUAGUAACUGGCACAGAAUUGAAGGGACUUGGGAAAAUCAUGCGCAUCCAAACAAUGCCAAGAUUGCAAGAGGAGUGCCAGGCAUAGAGACACAGAGUGGGAGGAUAAUUUUCGCACUGGAUGAUGGUCGACUAGGGGAGCUCCAUUUGCCUGGACACGGAGGUGAAGCGUCUGGUCCAACUCAAUUGAGCAGUUUAAGAAGGAGAACUUCACACAAGUAUGAAUGGUCUCUCUUAGAUAGCCCCGAAACCGAAGGAUGGAACGCUGAGUAUUGCACCGAUGAGCGUGGACCAUCCAAUUGUAUGUUGGGAACAAAAGCUGUGAUAUCAAACUUUAAACCGCGAAAAGUGGAAGAACACCAGCACUAUAUACCUCUGAGCAAACACAAAGCUAGCCUGACCGAAUCCUCCAAUUUUCUAACAAGUAGCAUUGAUAAGAACUUCCGAAUGAGACUGAUGUACCCUGAUAAGUCCUUUUUUCUGAUAACAGACACAGGCUUGACUUUUGAGUAUCUAUAUACAGACAGGGAUUGGAUAUGGCUAAGGCAUGAACAUAUAGAAGCUAUAAGAGGGGCAGUAGGAAGCUACAAUGGUAGUUUAUUUCUAGUCGAUGCGAACGGAAACUUGCUAAUCAGAGAAAGAACUACAAAUGAACUGUCAUGGAUCAACUGCACUGCCAUGAGAAAGGGAAGGCAGGUAGUGACAGGAGCUCCAUGGGAUGUAACAAUUGGUAGAGCUCACAAAGCGACGAUCGAAGAUAGUCUCUUCUUUGUUAGCAAGAAAGGGAGGUUGAUGCAGUUCACGGUCUCGCUACGAAAAUUCCAGUGGAAAGAUUGCCACAGUCCUCCUGAUACCAAAAUUGCAUUCAUUGUGGAUCAAGAAAUUUUCAGGAAGAACAUCAUAUUUGUUGUUGGGCACAAUGGUGGCCUAUAUCAGUACAACAGAAUCACAGAGCUAUGGCACAAACACAACCAGUCCCCUCAUUUAGUCCUCUCAGGAGCCCCUGGCACGGCAAUCAGACCGUCUGCACUAGCAUUAGCCGGCUCGAUAUUUAUGAUUUCGGAGGCUGGAGGAUUGGUCGAGUACAAUUGGGACUCACUGGGCGGAUGGGAGUGGGUCGAGCACGGGACACCGUAUCGAGACGUGUUGCUUGUUGGUGCACCAGGUCCAUGUUUUGAUGGCACUCAGUUGUUCCUCAUUGGAUCAGAUGGCCAGGUUUACAGAAGACAUAGUGAUCAACAUACUUGGAAAUGGACAUGCCAUGGCUACCCGUAUCACGAACAUUCAGCAUCAGAAGAAGAUCCAAGGUCGAAAGUUGAUGCUAACUGUGCCAUUGAUGACCAGAACAACCUCCAUCACUCACACAUGCACAACAGAAAUUGCAAUGAGAAGGUGGCACCAGUGAGACCGAUGCCAUUCUCUGAAGAUUCAGUGAUCUUUGAAUUACAAGAUGGCAGGCUAGCUUCUGACUGAGCAGCUAGCAGAACUGAGGAGGUCACUGAGGACAGAAUUAGCAACAGAAGAAGGCUGGGAAUGGGUGCGUAUCAUCGGCACGCCGACAAGCUCCUGCCUCAGAGAUGGUUACUGGACUACCAUGGCCUCAUAAAGACCACCAACAUGAAGGCAAACAGAUAGGUGCUUGUAAAUUCAAAAGGUUGUUACAGGUUAUGAUACUUAGAAAUACAAUAUCAGAAAAAGGGAUAUAUGCAAAAUCUUACAACAUCUAAAGAAGGCUAUCGAAAGCUAAAUGUUCCCUAUGACUAAUUCAAAACUAUAGCAUAAAGGAAGUACAUUUGUUACUGAAAGCAA